AUUUUUAACCAUAAUUUGAGGAUUAUAUACGUCGAGCGGAACCAAAGGCAUUUGAAACAAAUUAGGAAUUUGUAGAAGAAAAUGCCGAGAGAAUUGCUGGAAGGAAGAUUAAGGAUCAUUGUAAACAAAUCUUAAACUAGAAAGAUGUCAACCGGCAACUGAACUGGAUAACUUAUUGAUGACACAGUGGAACGCUCGCAGAUCAACUCUUUAUAUUAAGAGUAUAAAGGCUAAUUAAAUGAUGACAACAAACAUUGAUAUUAAACCACUAUGGAAAAGAGCAGAAAAUUGGUUCAGAACCAUUAUUUGCCGAGACGCUACUAAAACAAUCUUAACAGAGUUUGCAGAGGAUUUUAUGUUGGAUUUCAAAAAACUUGCAAGAAAUGAAGUUGUGAAACGAAACAAUCUUCGUAAAUCUGUUAGUUGUUCAGAAUGUUCAAUUGUUGAUCUGUUGCCAUGCCCUACGGAUGACGUUUGUUGGUUUGAAAAUGGAGUUUGCAAAUUCCACGUCACAAGACCGAAAGCUUGUCCAAACCGGCUUUGCAAUGGUAUCGUGGAAUAUAUUAUCAAAAGUCAUCGUCAUCAAUCGCCAUCGUGGAGAAAUACAGAAUCUUCAUUGUGGUUCAAAAAUCCUUGGGAAAUUGCAAAAUGUUUUCUUCCCUCCGACGGAUAUAAAGAUGUAAAUUCGGCAGGAGAAACAGAUUUCGAUGGCAUAGUUAGUGUCAUACAGAAUUGCUUGACGUUUGAAAAUGUAUUCGAUCAAAAUCUGGCACAGUCAGAAAAUAGUCUGACUAAGGCACUUGCAGUUUCAAGAGGCAUGGCCUUUAGAACAUCACUACACAUGACAGACGAACAAAUGAACUGCAACAUGCACAUUUUCGAAUCACUUCUGAGAGAUACCAACUGCCUUAAAGAAAGAAAGGCUACAAAAGAAGCUUUAGAGACAAUCAAGAAGGUACGCACCUCGUCUGAUGUGUCUGAUAUGUACAAGCGGAAAAUUCCAGAAACAGUGAACUGGUUGAGACUGGAACAGGCUAAGUUGAGCCUUUUCGUCAAUCAUUUGAUCUCGAUGACAAAGGAAAUAAUGGAUGGACACAUGGAAAAAACAGAGCCUUUACAAAAGAAACAGAAAACAUCACACACUAGACAACUGCGUUCUGCCGAUUCGUCGAAUGGACAAAGCUCUGCAUCAGACACGAUGAUUAUUGACAAAGACAUGCACAGGUGGUUUUCAGUUUACAAACAUGCAUGCACAGAUGUUCGUGAAAUAAACAUAGCAACGGAUUCGCUGCUGUCUGCUAUGGGUAUAAAAAACAUCGUUGACGGCAACCGAGAAUUCGUAUCAAAUUCUGCAGAAGUAGUCCAACUGAUAUUUAUGAUUGACCACACAACAAUGGAUUUGAAAGAGAUAUUUCACAGCAUCCGGGAAAAAACUGACGGUAGUUGUAAACCCUUGAGUCUCGGCCAAGAAACUACAUGUUCAACGAUAUAUAUUGGUAGCAGACAGAAUAUGGAGGAAAUCAAACGCUGUUCGAAUGUGGGACUAUUAUUCUAUGGCUUACACGAAAGUUCCGUUCUGAAUUGCAAUGAGAUGGUUUUUGGUGUUACAAACACGAAAGACACAAAUGCCUUUAUUGAGAAACUUGACGAUCUCCUAGAACGUAUUGCCAUCAAGGCGCUUCAAAGGAAAACAGAGGCGUUGGUUUUGCUAAAGAGCCAAGUAUGUGAAAAUACUGAAAACAAGCGAUCGUACGAGUUGAUCGAGUCUGAACUUAAAAAGCUAGGAUUCUGUAUUAGCAGAAACAUGGACAAAGGGGAAGUAUGCGAUGCGCAAGCAAGCACCAGCGGAACAAUAUUCAAACUACGAAGCAUAGGAAGAAAUUUCUUUCAGAAUGUAGUAAGUCGGAAAUCGGAGAUCGAUCGACAAUUAUGCUGCCUGAAAGCGCUGUAUGCACGCAGCGGUGUUCCUGAAGAUGAAAAACCUACAUUUCCUCAAGAGAAUAUAUGCUGGAAUAUCGAAAAAGUCAAGUCAGCUCUGAAAGGUAUUUCCAAUAUUCAAGGAUUUGGCCAGUCGCUUGGUAAGUUAAAUGUGUAUAUAAAUGGGGUCAAUACCACGCAGAAGGAAAUAUCAUCAACACUUGUCGGAAAGGAAUUACAGAAAGUUGGUUUGGAUGUCGCUGACUACAAAAUGCAUUUCAUAAACAGUGAAAAGAAUUUUUGUCACACCGUAGGCGAUAAAAUAUACACAGAACCUAAGUCGGGGACUUUAGGCGCAUUUGCGUUGAGGUCAAAAAGAUGUGAAGAAAGGAAACUCUGUGCGUUGUUAUCGUUACACGUUGCAAAACACCAGGUCGAACAUUUGGACGAAAGAGAAGAAAUACCGCUCGAAACAAGACGCGGCAGAGUCGGUUACAUUCUAAGGCCACUUCUUUUCUCUGACCCUAGCAGAAAAUAUCUAGACAUUGCUUCUGCGAAAAUAGAUGAUGCACAUAUUAAAUUAUGCGACACGCAGUUAAAAGAUGAACAUGGAGAUAUAAAGUUGUGCACGCUUUUCGAUUUUGAAAGAGACGAUUUGCAAUUCCUAGACGGUAUGCCAGUUCACAUUUGGGGUGCCUCUUCUUCGCCAGGACUAGGAAGAAUAAAGGAAAGCAAUUUUCACAUGGAAAACGGUUUGCACAUCUUAUUAGAAAACAGAGAAGCAUCGUCCGAACAGUUUUGCAAAGAAGGUGACAGUGGAUCUGUCGUUUGUGCAUUCCACAGAAGGAAAAGAUCGCUCAUAGCUUUGGGAAUGGUAAUAGGCGAAUUUAAUACGCGCCAACAACCUACCGAAAAGCGAUAUCUCGCACUUCAGUUAAAGGAAGGCUUGCAUCAAUUAUCAGAAUUGCAAAACGCCACUUACCAGCUUUGCACUGGAAAUACUGAGGGAGAUGGGUUGUAACAACUCAAUGCCCAAUAAGAUGUGAGCGAGCUUUGCGCAACCGUUAAGGAAGAGGAUUUUUUUUGUUGUACGUCUCAUAAAGAUGCUUCGGACUGUUUUUUCCCUGAUAUAAUGGACAGUUUUCGGCCUUUUAUCCUUACUUAAAUAAAAAGAACUAUGUAUAUGUUUUCUUUGCACGACAAAUGAGACUAAAUGUUGCAGGUAAUUUUAAAAGUAUUGUUGGAAAUGCAGAGAGAAAGAGGGAGGGAAAGUUAGAGAGAGAGAGAGACAGAGAGAGAGAGAGAGAGAGAGAGAGAGAGAUAUUUAUUUGUGCAUAUAUUUUAACAAUGAGUAACGGAUGUAUUUCAAUAACAAUAGUGCGCAGACGGACUUUAGAAUAUAUCUAGAACAAAUGUGUAAAUGUCAGAUUUAAAGUAAAAUAUUGUUAAUAUUGAUAAAAAGCAAAUGUAAUGGCAUUGUCGAGAUUAAGAAUAUCUUUGCAUAAACUACAAGUACAGGCAGGAAGAUGGUAAAUGCCAGCAGCAGUUCCUCAUGUGGAAAGCAAAUGUAAUGUAUGCAAUGUACUUAAUGAUAAGUAAUGUUUUGACCUUGAAUCAAAACUGUUUAUUGAUUAUUGAUACUGUUUACUAUGUGUAUAAGGUAAAAUACUUUUUCGAGUUUGUAAGCUAUUUAAAACUAUAAUGCCUUUAUGUCCAGGUCAACGGUUCAUUGUAUCAUCUUGUAUUCAUGUGGCAUCUGUAGAACAAGUACGUACGGGCGACUGGAACAUUCAUUCAUUUAAAUACUGCAAAGCUGUUCUAUACAUUCGUUUAGCAUCCGUGUUCAUUUUGGCGUCCGUGAGAAAUCGCGCAUUAUAUAAAAAUACUGAAACUAAGCAGGCGCGGACAGGACUUUACUCAACAAAACAUUACAAUGCAUUAAAUGCAAUACUAACGAUAUUAAUUCUGGGUACAACUUAAGGUUUAUAAAGCUCCAUUGUUUCAGUAUGGCUUUGGGUAUGCUUGGAUUGCCGAAGAUGUUGGAGAUAUAAAUAUAUUUAUGUAUCAUUUUGAAACAAGAAUUGCUGAUUGUUGUAGACAAACAUGGCUUGGUGAUGUAAAUAAUUCCUCACGUUGUGAUACUUAUAAAUGCUUUAAGUCUUUAUUGAAUGUUGAAAGAUACCUUAAUAUCAGUUUACCGUUCCUGUACAAAAAUCAUUGGCUAGAUUUAGAACCUCUAGUCAUAAACUCCAUAUGGAAAUUAAUCGAUUUUUAGGUAUUGAUAAAAAUGAUCGCUUCUGUAUUUAUUGUUUAUUUGAUAAAGACAUACUUGUUAUUGAAGAUGAAUAUCAGUCAUAAACUCCAUAUGGAAAUUAAUCGAUUUUUAGGUAUUGAUAAAAAUGAUCGCUUCUGUAUUUAUUGUUUAUUUGAUAAAGACAUACUUGUUAUUGAAGAUGAAUAUCAUGUGUUUUUUAAGUGUUCAAGAUUUAAUGACAUCCGGGAAAAUUAUUUGUUUUCUUGGUAUCGUGGAAAUACUGACAUUGUUCAUUUCUAUAAUAUGAUGGCAUCGGAAAAUGUUACCCAUAUUAAAUCCCUUUCUCUUUACGUUCAUAAACUCAUGUUAGCUAUAGAUAACACAUAACUUUGUUAACCAAGAGACACAACUCUUAUUUAGUUACAUAUAUGCAUUUUGUUAUAUUUGAUUUGCAUUGUAACAUGUAUUAUGGGCUGGAGGCCUUUCAUUCAAAUAAACUUUCGU